AUGCCUGCUGGCAUGUUCAGCAUCGACAAUAUCCUCGCCGCCCGGCCUCGUUGUAAGGACUCUGUGCUGCCUCUGGCCCCUAGCGCCGGGGCCCCGGUGGUCUUCCCGGCCUUGCACGGGGAUUCUCUCUACGCCAGCGCUUCAGACUACGGCAGCUUCUACCCGCGAGCAGUAGCCCCCAGCGGAGCCGGCCUCCAGACUGCGGUCGGGGGUUCCCGCUUGGGCUAUAACAGUUACUACUAUGGGCAGCUGCAAGUGCAGGCGACGCCCGUCGGCCCAUCCUGCUGCGGGACGAUGCAGCCUUUGGGGGCCCAGCAGUGUUCCUGCGUUCCAUCCUCAGGUUACGACGGCUCGGGCUCAGUCCUGAUGUCCCCGGUCCCCCACCAGAUGUUGCCCUAUAUGAACGUGGGCACCUUGUCGAGAACCGAAUUGCAGCUACUCAACCAGCUGCACUGCCGGCGGAAGCGGCGGCACCGAACUAUUUUCACGGAUGAACAGCUGGAAGCUUUGGAGAACCUCUUCCAGGAGACCAAGUACCCCGACGUGGGCACAAGGGAACAACUGGCUCGGAGGGUGCACUUGAGGGAGGAGAAAGUAGAGGUCUGGUUUAAGAACCGAAGAGCAAAAUGGAGGCGACAGAAAAGGUCUUCCUCAGAGGAAUCAGAAAACGCUCGGAAAUGGAACAAGGCUUCGAAGCCAUCCCCAGAGAAAAGGGAAGAGGAAGGUAAAAGCGAUUUGGACUCUGAUAGCUGA